CUUCAAGCUUCAAGUUAAAUUGCCGCUAUUUUCCAAUAGUAAACAAACCAGCAACGCACAUGCAGCCCUAAUUUUCGAAAUUCCACACUGAUCACUUGACUUAAACUGGGUCGAAAUGGGAAUUUUGAAUCUAACUAAAUUCCUAGCCGACGUGGCGCCGCAUUGUAUCAAAGAAACGGACAUUAAAUCAUACUUCGGGCGCAAGGUGGCCAUCGAUGCCUCCAUGUCCCUGUACCAGUUUCUGAUCGCCGUUAGAUCAGAAGGAGCUCAACUGACCACAGCCGAUGGGGAGCCCACGUCGCACUUGGUGGGCACCUUCUACAGAACCAUCAGAUUGUUGGAGCAUGGCAUCAAGCCCGUGUAUGUUUUCGAUGGGAAGCCGCCCGAAAUGAAAGGGGGCGAACUGAACAAGCGCAUGGAGAAACGGGCGGAGGCCCAAAAGGCCCUAGAUAAAGCCAUGGAGGCCGGAGACCAGGCUGAAGUGGACAAAUUUAACCGGCGGCUAGUGAAAGUUACGCGACAUCAUGCUGACGAGGCCAAGGAGCUGCUGAGGCUGAUGGGAGUGCCCUACAUUGAAGCCCCUUGCGAAGCUGAGGCUCAAUGCGCUGCAAUGGUGAAAGCAGGAAAAAUCUACGCCACAGCCACUGAAGACAUGGACGCUUUGACUUUCGGGUCCGACAUCGUGCUGCGCCAUUUAACAUUCAGUGAGGCCCGCAAGAUGCCCAUUCAGGAGAUUCACCUGAAAAUCGUUCUGCAAGAGCUGAAUCUCAGCCAGACCGAGUUCAUAGACUUCUGCAUCCUGAUGGGCUGCGACUACACGGACUCCAUCCGGGGAAUCGGGCCGAAAAAGUCAAUCGAACUGAUCAAGAACCAUCGCAGCAUUGAAAAAAUCCUGGAAAACAUCGACAAAUCGAAAUAUCCACCACCGGAGGACUGGAACUACGAGGGCGCCAGGGGGCUGUUUGUCAAACCCGAAAUCUCCGAUCCGGAUUCCAUUGAGCUCAAAUGGGGCGAGCCGGAUGAAGAGGGCAUGGUGAAGUUUUUAUGCGGCCAUCGGCAGUUCAGUGAAGACCGGGUUCGAAAUGGAAUCAAGAAACUGCAAAAGGCCCGCGGUACCAGCACGCAGGCCCGGCUGGAUGGCUUUUUUACAGUGCUUGGCACCACUCCGGCCAAGAGGAAAGCUGACGACAAGAAGAACACGCCGAACAAACGAGGCAAAUUGGGGGGCGCUGGCAAGGGACGGGGCCGGCCUAAAUAGACUCGCUUUCACAGAACUGAUCUCGUUACUUUUUUACUUUGCUUUGAUAUUUAUAAAUAUAUGCGAAUUU